AUGGCUAAAAUUAACAACUCAGGGCAAAGGAUAUUGAGGAAAAAGGAAAAACAAGUGAGAUAUCUGCAAGCUAAUAGCAGAGAACUCAACUCUACCUUUGGAUAUCCCAACAAUACCAUCAAGACCUCAAGAUACAGUGUCUUUAACUUCUUGCCCCUGAACCUGUUUGAACAAUUCCAGAGACUUGCAAAUGCAUAUUUCCUCAUUUUGCUAUUCCUACAGUUGAUUCCCCAGAUCUCCCCCUUGGCAUGGUACACGACUGUGAUACCCCUGAUGGUGGUGCUAUCCAUAACAGCAGUGAAGGAUGCCAUCGAUGAUGUGAAAAGGCACCAAAAUGACAAUCACGUCAACAACCGUUCUGUUCUGGUGGUGAUGAAUGGCAGGAUAAAGGAAGACAAAUGGAUGAAUAUUCAAGUGGGAGAUAUAAUAAAACUAAAAAAUAAUCAGCCUGUCACGGCUGAUGUGCUAUUACUCUCUAGCAGUGAGCCCUAUGGUCUGACAUAUAUAGAAACAGCAGAACUGGAUGGUGAAACCAACCUGAAAGUGAAGCAGUCCAUCUCAGUUACCAGUAACUUGGAAGAUAACCUGGGGCUGCUGUCUGCUUUUGAUGGAAAAGUGAGGUGUGAGUCUCCCAAUAACAAGUUGGACAAAUUCACAGGAAUACUGACUUUUAAGGGAAAAAACUACACCCUGGACCAUGACAAGCUGCUACUCCGAGGCUGCAUCAUCAGGAAUACAGAUUGGUGCUAUGGCUUGGUGAUUUACACUGGACCAGACACCAAAUUAAUGCAGAACUGUGGAAAGUCUACCUUUAAGCGGACACACAUGGACCAUCUCUUGAAUGUCCUUGUGCUCUGGAUUUUCCUGUUUUUAGGCGGCAUGUGUUUUAUCCUAGCAAUUGGGCAUGGCAUUUGGGAAAACAAAAAAGGCUACUACUUCCAGGAUUUUCUACCAUGGGAAGAAUAUGUGUCUUCAUCAGUUGUCUCUGCCAUCCUCACAUUCUGGUCCUACUUCAUUAUUCUCAACACUAUGGUGCCCAUUUCCCUUUAUGUCAGUGUUGAGAUAAUAAGAUUGGGCAACAGUUGCUAUAUCAACUGGGAUCGGAAGAUGUAUUAUGCACCAAAGAACACACCAGCACAGGCUCGCACCACCACCCUUAAUGAGGAACUUGGCCAGGUCAAAUAUGUGUUCUCCGACAAAACCGGAACCCUGACUCAGAACAUCAUGAUUUUCAAUAAGUGUUCUAUUAAUGGGAUAAUCUAUGGUUGUGGCUAUGACAAGAAUGGACAGAAGGUAAAAGUCUCUGAGGAAACAGAAAAGGUCGACUUCUCCUACAACAAACUGGCUGAUCCUAAGUUUUCAUUUUAUGACAAUACUUUGGUGGAAGCCAUGAAAAAGGGAGAUCACUGGGUGCACUUGUUUUUCCUCUCUCUCUCAUUGUGUCACACUGUGAUGUCAGAAGAGAAAGUGGAAGGUAAGCUGGUGUACCAGGCUCAGUCCCCAGAUGAAGGUGCCCUCGUCACUGCUGCCAGGAACUUUGGCUUUGUAUUCCGUUCCCGCACAUCUGAGACGAUCAUGGUAGUUGAAAUGGGUGAGACCAAAGUCUACCAACUGCUGGCUAUUUUGGACUUCAGCAAUGUGCGCAAGAGGAUGUCUGUUAUUGUGAGGACACCUGAAGAUCGAGUAAUGUUAUUCUGCAAGGGUGCAGACACCAUUCUCUGUCAGCUGCUCCAUCCAUCCUGUAGAUCCCUCAGAGAAGUGACCAUGGAACAUUUAGAUGAUUUUGCCUUUGAAGGUCUCCGCACCCUCAUGGUGGCCUACCGAGAAGUGGAUAAUGCCUUCUACCAGGCCUGGAGCAAGAAGCACAGUGAAGCCUGCCUGUCUUUGGAAAAUCGGGAAGAUAAAAUGUCAGAUGUCUAUGGAGAGAUGGAAAAAGACUUGAUGCUGUUAGGGGCCACAGCCAUAGAAGACAAGCUCCAGGAUGGUGUACCUGAGACAAUCACCAUCCUGAACAAAGCCAAAAUUAAGAUAUGGGUCUUAACUGGAGAUAAGCAAGAGACUGCUGUGAACAUUGCCUAUGCCUGUAACAUAUUUGAGGAAGAAAUGGAUGGAAUAUUCAUUAUGGAAGGCAAGAAUGAUGAGACUGUUCGGCAAGAACUCAGGUUGGCAAGGAACAAGAUGAAACCUGAGUCUCUACUGGAAUCAGACCCAGUAAACACCUACCUGAACACGAAGCCCCAAAUGCCCUUCAGAAUACCUGAGGAGGUGCCCAAUGGCAACUAUGGCUUGAUCAUCAAUGGCUACAGUCUGGCCUAUGCUCUAGAAGGGAACCUGGAGUUGGAACUGCUGCGAACAGUGUGCAUGUGCAAGGGAGUGAUCUGCUGCCGGAUGACACCGCUUCAGAAGGCCCAGGUGGUAGAGCUGAUGAAGAGGUACAAGCAGGUGGUGACACUGGCCAUCGGGGAUGGGGCCAAUGACGUCAGCAUGAUCAAAGCUGCCCACAUUGGGGUUGGCAUCACUGGCCAGGAGGGAAUGCAGGCCAUGCUCAACAGUGACUACGCCAUCUCCCAGUUCCGCUAUCUUCAGCGUCUACUCUUGGUCCAUGGCCGAUGGUCCUACAAUCGCAUGUGCAAGUUUCUCAGCUACUUCUUUUACAAAAACUUUGCCUUCACCCUGAUGCACUUCUGGUAUGCCUUCUUCAGCGGGUUCUCUGCACAGACAGUUUAUGAUACCUGGUUUAUCACUUUCUACAACCUGGUCUACACCUCCCUCCCUGUCCUGAGCUUGAGUCUGUUUGACCAGGACGUGAAUGAAACAUGGAGUCUACGCUUCCCAGAGCUGUAUGACCCAGGCCAGCACAACCUCUAUUUCAACAAGAAGGAGUUUGUGAAGUGUUUAGUGCGUGGGAUCUAUAGUUCCUUCGUGCUGUUCUUUAUCCCUAUGAGGACCAUUCACAACUCAAUGGACAGUGAUGGGAAAGAGAUCUCUGACUACCAGUCCUUCUCCCUGAUAGUGCAGACUGCUUUGCUCUGCGUGGUCACAGUGCAGAUUGCCCUGGACACAACCUACUGGACGUUGAUAAGCCACAUCUUCACCUGGGGUAGCCUGGGUUUCUACUUUUGCAUCUUAUUCCUCCUGUACAGUGAUGGCUUGUGCCUAAUGUUCCCCAACGUCUUCCAAUUCCUAGGUGUGGCCAGGAACACUCUGAACCUGCCACAAAUGUGGCUGAUUAUUAUCCUCAGCGUGGUUCUCUGUAUUUUGCCUGUGAUUGGGUACCGAUUUCUCAAACCAUUGUUCUGGCCUGCCGACGUGGACAAGAUUAUGAACAGAAUUCAUCUUUGGACAAGACAUCCACUGCUACCCCCUACCCAGACCAAACUGAGACACACAAGGCCUCGACGUUCUGCCUAUGCAUUCUCCCACAAACAGGGCUUUGGGGCCCUCAUCACUUCAGGCAAAACAAUGAAGGACAAGCAAGCCGUGCUUGCGGCGCACCACCCCAAAGGGGCGGGGCAGGGGCCGCAGAAGGCGGGGCUGCGGCCGAAGCCUCGCGGCUCCGGUCGCCGGAAAGCACUGCGCGUGACUCGCGGCACCCAUCGCAGUGAGCAGCUUGGGAGGUGGGCAAGCACGGCCGGCCCAGAGGACCGAACCAACGCGCCGUCCGGAGGGGCGGCUGGAGGGAAAGCCAGAUCGGACCAUCGGCUCCGCGGCUGCAGGGGGGCCCGGACAUUACCAACCCGGCCGGAGAGGAGGGGGGCGCCGGCCUGUCCCAGCUGCAGCACUACCCCAGGAGGGCGCGAGACGCGGCCGCCGGCGCCGCAGCCGCCGCCAGCACCCUCGCCGCCGGCACGAUCCAGCCCAACCGUCUCCUCAGACUGUCCCUGCGGUGACACCCCUCAGCUGACUCGCGCCCAGCUGUAUCGUUGUAUCCACAUCUCCUUUGCGGGCCCUGAGAGAGCGCAGCGGCCCAGCAGCCAGCCCCGUGACCGUGGCGGGGGCUUCCGCACAGCCAGUCCCAGCCAGGCCGUCGGUGCCCUCUGCCCCUUUGGCCCCUGGUUCCGGAGUUGGUAUCUGCCUGAGUCAGGCUAA